AUGAAAUUGCUGCUCGACUCCUCCUCGUCGCUCCUCUUCACGCUGCUAUUGGCUCACCUGCCCGUGUUCACGACCGCCACUCCGGUACCACAGCGGCGGACCACUGACAUGGAUAAACUGUCCAAUCAGACCAAGAAUCUAAUGAAGCUCACCCAAGAACUGCUGAGGGAGCAUGCCUUCGACUCAGAUGUGGAGCCCCACAGGUUCAGGUCUCUGCCAGAAAUGAGCAACAGAUCAGCCAAUGACCUCAACAAUCUUGAGCUGAAGCCCACACUCUCGCAGCUGCACGCUGACCUGAAGCUGUAUGAGCACCACUUUGAGUGGCUGAACAAGGUUUCAAAGAAGCACCACCACCCUGCACUGCCCAAGCUGGUGGAGAUGAUCAGAGAAAUGAAAUCUCUCAUCAAUCUGCUGCACCGUCAGAUGCUGAGAGUUGAGGCACCAAGGCUGACUCAGGCGACCCCCUCUCUCCCCCCUCACCUCCCCUACCAGUUUGAUGUCCUUCAGUCCAGCCAUGAGCUUCUUCAACACUUCAAGCUCUUCUGUGAUUGGGCCUACCGAGCAUUCAUCAGCCUCAAGCCCAAAGCCUCAGUCGCAGUGCAAUGACGAUCCAAGCUCCUUCAUUCUUUUCCUCUUAACUACAUGGCAGCAGAGCAGUGAGGAUACAUGGAGCCCCGCCUCAGCCAAGGGGGAAUUAAGACCCUGUCAGUGUGCACUGUAAUCAACAGCAUCCCUUAAGAGGUCAAAUGUCAACCAAUGACACUUGUGUUGAAGAAUGUGUUUCCAUCAUGCCAAUAAGGAUGUGCUAUACUGCAGCCAGUUACUGCCAGUUUAACUACGAUGAUCAUGUCACAAUUCCCCAAACUGUCUCCUAAAGGCCUUGUUCAUGACCAUGUUAUUUAUGUAUUUAUUUAUUUAUUGACUGUUGGUAAUUUAUUUAAUUGUAUUUAUUUGAAGUUGUAAUGUGUCACUCUCUUCUUUUUUCUGUAUUAACGUGAAUUUAUUUGCCCACGUCUCUGUAACCUUUCUUUUUGUCUUGUGUCUCACUGUUCCUCAAGAAAAACACGGUAGCACUUCCUUGCUUUUGUUUAAACUAACUUAAUCUACUUUGCAUUUGUGUAUUUCUUUAGCCAAUAAUUCUUCCAGUAGAUGUAGCAUACAUACAAACGGGACAGCCAAUGUUUUAACUAUCUAUCACUUACAGUGCCCUUAACUUAAACAGUUUAAUUUAAUUUAAUUGUCAUCUUCUAACCUUGUAAAAUGUGCCACGUCUUAACAUAUCAAUUGAAAUGAUUUGUAUUUAUCUGAAAAUGCCAAAAUGGUAGCCAAAGAGAAGUGAAUACUUUAUUUUGUACCAAAGGCAGAGUCUCUAUCGUUGUUGCCUGUUUCUCACGUUCUGCAUGAGGAGGCAUAUUUAACGUUGUGGUAAAGUUGUAUGAAUAUGCCCUGUUGCUGAGCACUGAUGGACCUGAUUAGAUUCUUUGCACAAACCUGUUAGGAUUAGCCUCUUGGAUGAGUGAGAUGGCUGAUUUUGAACCUGUGCUUUGGUGUAGAAAAGUUUGUUUUUGUUAAUUAAACACCCAAAGCCUUAAAAUACUAUGUAUUGUGACACUAUGUUCUGUACAUUUGUACAUAAGUGUACAAGAAUGUAAAUUGUUGUAUACAGUGCCUUUGUGUAUUAUGUUGUUUUUUACAAUAUAAUGUAGAUUACUUUACCAACUUUAUCACUAUAAUUUUUCCCUUCUUAUUCUAGUAUUUGUUACAGUAUUGACUAUUUAUUUAAGUAAACUUGGUGGAACUAUUU